GCCUCGGUUUGUUUUCAUGGCGGAAGCAGAAUGAGAGAGAUGCGCUCACGCUGCUGAAGAACUAUCGAGAUUCCGUGCAGAGUAAACUUUUUUUUACAGCGGACACACGCAGACGUGGGGAUUAUCAAAAUGUCUGCGCCCAUCAUCAAGUCGAAAAAAGCGCAGGAGGAAGUUAAUGGAAAUCCGACAGAAGUUGUCUGCACAGAGUUCAGUAAUUACAUAUUUGUAGUCCUCACCCAGUACGGCAAAAUCGGCACAUUGAUUUCAGUAACACCUGACUCCAGAUCUAAUGAUAUCAGCACCCCGACGUUCUCCACUAAAGUACUCCUGGGCAAGGACGAGCCAAUGACACACGUCUGUGCCAAAAACCUAGCUACGUUCGUCUCGCAGGAAGCUGGGAACCGACCCGUCUUACUGGGACUCUCCCUGAAAGAUUCUUCUAUAGACACAAUCAAUAAACUGAAAGAGAUCGUAAAAACUUGCCAAGUGUGGUAGUGCAGCAGGAGGGGAGAAAAAAAAACCCACAAUGCUGAAAGACUGCAAGUAAUAAAGUUGUUCUGGAUGACCCUUUUUCUUUUUUUAGACUGAACCAAAUGUAUCCUUCUUUGAAUGAGGAUUUUGUCUCUUUUUCUCUUGAAAUCAAAUAAUAAAUAAAUAGUUACAAAGAA